AUGUCGCGCACCAGCACAGCGAGUACACCAACGGACAGGCUCGACUUUGUCGGAUACAAAGCCAUCACUGAUCUCGCCGACGACAGCCUCACAUAUGUCACUUGCUCGCCGGGGUCAACGUUCGCAACAUCCAGUACCUACCACGACUGCUGCGGUACGGUCGGAGUCUGCUCCAUUCCAACAACAUGCAUCUCAGAUCGCUUAGCCACCUUGCUUUACGAAGGCUCGUCCUCUAGAUGUGGCCUCUUUGGCAAGUGUCAGGCCGCGACACUCUUCCCCAGCUCGGGCGCGGCAAAUAGCGACGCACUGACCCGGUACUUUUGCCUGCACGAGACCGAAGUCUGGGGCUACCCUACUAUGGUCCGCGCUGAUCCGGCGCGCAAAGCAAAACCAAACGCACCCACUGAUACUCGACCACCGAAGAACGACACCAUGGGGAAGAACGACGACAAGAAGCUAGAGGGCAAAGCCUGGAUCGCGGGAGCUGUACUCGGACCUCUGGCCUUUCUCGCGCUCGUAGUGCUGGGAUACAUGUUCCUGGCGAAACGUCGUCGCAAGCAGGCCGCGGCGGCGGCUGAGCCCGAUACGACAGCCAAAGGCGAAUUCUACAACAAAGUCGACUCCAACGACCAUGACGGCGGUGAGAAAGCAUUGCCCGAGACUCCGACCACCGUGGACGCCGCUCCGAAGUACGCCAGUCCAGUGACGAGCGUUGAGCUGGAAAACAUCCAAAGUCCGAUUUCCGAGCUGGAUGAAAAGUCCGGUCCAAUGCCUGAGCUCGCAAAUUCGGAGCGUGCUCGUCCUGUCUAUGAGCUGGAGGCGCCGAAUAGGACUCAGGCCGCACCGGAGACGCCGAAUGGAAAUCAGGCCACUCUGGAGACGCCGACGAUUCUGGACAGAUCCGCAGUCUCACCCAUGACGCCGACAAUCCCAGAUGGAGCGGAAGCGGCGAAGAAGACAGACGAGCCUUCCCUCGACGAGGCGAAAAGGGAAAGCAAAUGA